UGACACGGCACUGAAGGCAGCGCCAGUUCCCCUGCACACUCUCAUCCCUGCAGGUUGCGCUCACUCACACACACUCACACACACACACACGCAGACCUGACUCCGCUGGAUUGCACCCACUUUUUUCCCGUCUUUUCACAGCUUUUUUUUUUUUUCCUUCGUCGCAACUCAAACCAAAAUGAGGACUCUUCUGCUUUCCACCGCUUUCCUGCUCAUGGCGACGCUGUCGCCGAGCACCUGCCACGCAGCGGCGGACUUCCCCGGUAGUUCCCACCAGAAGUGGGACGCAAGAGUAGCCUAUACUUCGGGGGCGGACUCCGGCGCCUCCGGCUCCUGCGCCAUCAAGCUGAGACCCGCCGGCCAAUGCGGGGGCUCCGGGGCCGGGGCGGAGGAGGGCGAGGAGUGCCCCUACCAGGUGACCCUGCCUCCUCUCACCGUUCAGCUGCCGAAGCAGUUCCGGCUUUUGGAGAAGGCGAUGAAGGAGCUGCAGAGCCUGAAGGAGGUGGUGAACAAGCUGAAGAGCAGCUGCCAGGAGUGCGGCGGCGGCGGCGCACGGGGGAGUGGAGUCUACGGGAGCCAGCAGGCAGACCAGGGACAGACCGGGAAUGUGGCGGGACUGAAUCCGAGUCGACAGGACGUGCAAAGCGGGGCCAGCCAAGAAGAGAGGGACAACGGGAUGGUGUCUGGAGCUAACGUUGAAGGCGCCGGAGGAGGACACGGACAUCACUUUGGGAAAAUCGCGCCCGGUCCGAGCAGUAUGCAGGAGAUGCAGGUAAGAGGAAAAAAAAAUAACAGUGAGAGGAAAGUUAAAAAGAAGAAGAAAAAAAAAAGAAGAUUGAAUAUCAUCCAGUCACAAUUCCUCUCACAAAUAACAUCGCUUCAAUUCACUUUCCCCCCCCCCAACCCUGCAGUCAUCUUGGCCCCUCGGGACUGUUCCGACUACAAUGUGCUGGAGACGAGGAAGAAUGGGGUGUAUCGCAUCACCCCCGACCCCCGCAACGGAACGUUCGAGGCCUAUUGUGACAUGGAGUCCUUCGGUGGCGGCUGGACGGUGAUACAACAGCGACUCGAUGGGUCCGUCAGCUUCAACCGCACUUGGAACGAAUACAAGAAGGGCUUCGGGAACCUCAGAGGUGAAUUCUGGCUGGGCAACGACCACAUCCAUCUGCUGACAAAGGCCAAAGACAUGACGCUGCGCAUCGAGCUGGAGGAUUUUGAGGGCGUGCGGGAGUACGCCAAGUACGACCAGUUCUACGUGGCCAAUGACUUCCUGAGCUACAGGCUGUCCAUCAGCGGAUACAGCGGGACGGCCGGGAACGCCAUCAGCUUCAACAAGCACUUCAACCACGACCAAAAGUUCUUCUCCACCCCGGACCGCGACAACGACAUGUACCCCUCGGGAAACUGCGGCGCCUACUACAGCUCCGGCUGGUGGUUUGACGCCUGCAUGUCGGCCAACCUCAACGGCAAGUACUACCACAAGAGGUACAAGGGGGUCAGGAACGGGAUCUUCUGGGGGACGUGGCACAACAUGUCGACGGAGUACUACCCGACCAACUACAGGCAGGCCUUCAAAACGGUCAAGAUGAUGAUACGGCCCAAGAAUUACGUUCCGUAAAGGGAACGGGGAGAGAAUGAUGGAAAAAAUGGACAGACAGAAGUAGUACCGGAAACUUACACGUCAACAAACACGAGCGCGAGCCUGUUGGGCACUUUGAAAACGGUCCAAAUUAGGGAUGCACCGAUAUCAAUGCCUCAUGUGUGCACUCGUAAAAAAAAUAAAAAUGCUCCGAUACUAUGACAUCAUGAGCACAUCACCACUCUGCUAGUUGUAGCGGCGGGCGGUCUGGCAAGCAGAGAGUUCCUCCAGUUCCGUCGACGGCGCGGCUCGGUCACCAAACCAUGGAGGCUCCCUGGUGGAUGCCGCCAGUAUCGCAUCUCAAAGAUUAGGCUUCGCACGAGGAAGUCCACAUAAACACGGAGUCAAAUUGCAAAUGGUUUCGUGAAUCGAUGAUUCUAAAGCUAAUUCAAAACAACUUGACCCUCACUUUUCUUUAAACAGAGUCCAAUGUAAAAGAGACGUAAGCAAGCGUCGGUGUGGUAUCGGCAUCUAGAAAAGUGGUAUCGGUGCAUCCCUAGUCCU